UUCUUCAAAUGUGUACAUCUAUAUUUCACAUGUAAGGUUUCAGUUAUUCUGCCAGCAAUGAAGUGUUAAGCGCAAAUAACGGAUGAGCUACAAAGUUGUAUCCAACUUUUCGAUACUACCUCAUAUAAAGAAUUGUAUGUGCAUAAUUAGUUUUGUUGUUUCUUCGCCAUAUAUAAAAACUUAAACCGCUUCUGAAAUCGAGCAAUUAUUUGGUGAUAUGUUGUUGUUGUGAUUUGACCAAAAUUUCAUUUAUUGCAUCGUUCCUUUCAAAAUGUGCCUCAUGGAACAAGUUUGACAGACCAUGAAGAAGAAAUGCAUGAUAGCGGUGCGAGUAAACCGGCACCGGAACCGGAACGGAUUACCUAAAAAAUUGGGGUAAAUAUAACUGGGCGAAAUACCAACAUCGAUUUGCGAUGCAAACAGCAAAUACAACGACUUGCUGUGGUUGCUUUAAUAAGUAGCGGACAAAUUAAAGCUCUCCAAAUAACCAACAGUCGAAUAGUGCAAAUAACCGAUAAAAUCCGUUACUAUAGUAUACCUCCAUGGUGCCUUAACCCUAGCUUUCGCAGUGACACUGUUGGCUCAGAUUGAGUUUUCAAAUAAGUACUGUAUUUGGUGCGAAGAAAAAUAGAAGAAAUUCAAUCUAGGUGGUCCUGUGGUUCAAAAGAUAUUAGAGAUAUAUGCGCUAGGAUCGGCGAUCGUCUUUAAAGCGAGGGUUGGCGGCAGCAAUGUGAUGGUAUGAGCUGCGUUUUGCUAUAGGGGAAACCUAUAUGCUAUAUCUCUACCCAAAUGAAUGAAUGCUCAACUGUUUGUAUGUGGGUCUCUUGGGAAGUAAGUUAAUAGAGUUUGAUGGCAAUUUGUAUGGCGACGAGUGAACUUUUCAGCAGGACAAUGCAUCAAUACAUGCUGGUCAGGUCACCAGAUGCUUCUGUAUAGUGCGAAAAAUAUCAGUAUUGGACUGGUAAGCCAUAGGUCCGGACCUGUAUCUGAUUAAGAACAGUUUGAGACAGCAAGGAAGCUUAAAAAGGCAAAAGGCCAAGAAUGAUCUAGCCCACCUUAAGUCCUUAGUGGAUUCCAUGCCAUCCCAACUUAAUUCCGUAAUACUGAGUUAUGGUAGCAAUAUUGUCUAUUGAUACCCUAUAUACAUAAUCAUUAAUAAUAAUAAAAAAAAGAAAUAUCAAAUAUGCACUUAUAAACAUUUAGUAAGAAGAUUAUUUUUCAUUUAGGCUCCUUAUUUCAUAUAUUUGAAAUUUGUUACCUACCACUUCAUGUUUUUAUUUCGUAAACUUUAUCUGCAAAUAAAACUACGUACCCAAAAUUUCGAUAUCAGCUUUUGUACUUUUUUAAUACAGAAAAUACAUGAUGCACAUAUAAUUCUUUGUAUGAGGUAUUUCAUAAGGAAUUGGACUCAGCCUAAGUGAUUAUAUCUUCAUAAGCGUUAUACUUCGAGCAUGCCACAGAUCACAAGCUGACAUAUCAAAGUUCUUGGUGUCCAGAUCAAAAAAAUAAAAAAUCAAGGAAAUUAUAAAAUUAUUUAAUAUAUUUUUAAUUCCAGUACAUGCAAUUUUGCUAUCGUUUUUGAUAUGUGACAGUGAGAAUGCGUCGGGCAACACUUGCUUCAAAGCUUUUGCAUUUCCAAAUAUCCUGGACGAUAUGUCCCAUAACUUUCUUUUCAUAUCAUUGGAAUUUCACCUGUCUUGAUAAAUUUCAUUUUUGCGUUCCACUGGGUUCAUCGUUUUCAGUGCUUAUACGGCUGGUUGGUAGCUGUCCCAACAUUUUCAUAAAUUGUAAGAGCUGAAAUAGAACUGCAACGAAUAUGUGUCAAGAACAUUAAAAUGAAAGCACAAAAAGUCUUAAGAAGAAGAAAGACAAAACAAAAACUCACAUAACAACUUAGGGCUUAAGCAAAUAUAUAUAAACAAGACACACUUUAAUGAAAAAAAACGACCGCUUAUUUGACGAACAGGUUUCCUUAUUAGCUUUACUUAUAUACAAAGGCCAGAUUCGAAGCAAUUAUAAGACCAAAUGCCAAAGGUGUGCUCUAGCGAUGCCCUUCCCAGUGAAACAUAGUUGUACGUGUAAACGAAGAGGUGACGACUUGUAAGAAAUGCGCUAGAAAACGAAAGAAACGCAAGAAACGAAAGAAACGAAAGAACCGAAAGAAGUAGUGCAGCUUUUACCAAAGGUAAAUAAAAAAUAAACAAAAUAAAUUGUCACCCGACAAAAGUCACUCUGUCAAAAGAGUAGAGGCAGUGUCUGCGGCGAACAGAAAGCGUGCAACCCACUGAGCAAGUCGUGUGGCGCAUUACCUAUGCACUAAUUAUAUACAUAUAUACAUAAUUCAACUAGGCACACACGUUGAUCGCGUAUCUUAAGAAAACUUGGGCAACCAAUUGCAUUGGCUUCAAAACAAGUUUUAGUAAAGAUUUGUACUUCAAACGCUACGGGUAUCGCGCUACGGUAACGCUUAAACGCAUCUACCUUCAUACUAAUAUAUAUAUAUACAGUAGUUAUCAACACAACCAUCUUUUGCAAUAUUAACGUGGUGGUUUUCGUGUUCCAGAAGAAAUGAGAUUUCUUGAAACUUCCGUAUUGCGCGCUCUUACACUAUUCGGUUGCGUUGUCGCACUGACAACUGCCGCUGUAAUUUGUAUCGAUGAAUCAUCAUUAAACAAUACACAAGGCGGAAAUGUCAACGAACUGCAGCGUAAAGCAGGUGAUGGCACGGAGGUGGACGCCGCUGUGCUAAACUUAACUGAUUCCAGCAACGAUUCCACUAAUGGCAGUCACCACGGCCAAAGUCAGGUCACACAAUUUUUGCAGACUGUACAGGAUACACUGGAGAAGGCUAAGCCUUGGGUUGUCGAAUUGGAAAAGGAAGCCAAGCGACUGGAAGAGACCGCCAAACGGUUUGGCGAAGGAGUCAUACGCGGUCUGGGCAGUUUUGUUGAUCGUUUGAUUGGUGUAGGUAACGGCAGCGGUGGUCUAAAGCCGACGCGUCAUGAACAGUCAUCAACAACAAACCCUCUACUCACCUCUACGGCAGACGAUAAAACGCCAGAUUUACCGACCACAACCGCGAAAACUGUUGUUGCUGAAGUUGUGACCGAAACUUUGGCUGCUGUGAGUGCAGUUGAUGACGCAGAGAAUGAAAUUUCUGAGCACGAUAAUGCUCUUUGCCCCGACGGCUUCGUGGCGGAUGUAAAUGGAAUCUGUCUGCGCAAUCAUAAUUGAGUUGACAAGCUAAUCGCUUAUUAACUGGAGAGAAUACAUACUCAUAUACAUACAUAUAUAAGAGGAAUAAGAUAAUCACUCGCAACAUUUAUACAAAAAACAUUCGAAGCAUAAGUAACUAAUAUACAUAUAAUGAUUUAGCAUAGGAGAUCGUGUCAUUUAGAUACAUAGGCAAUUAAUAUGAAGUAAUAAAUAUAAUAAAUAAAACAGCAGAUUGGCUAAUAAGCCAGAAUAAUGUGCGACUCAAAAAAAAAAAAAAUGUGUGCAUUCAUUUAACUUAUACAAUAUAUACUAUUUGCCAUGCAGUAAAAAGUUAGUCGGAUGUGCAAAAAAAAUUAUUUAUUAGAUACUAGCUUUUUACCCGCGGUUUCGCCCGCAGUGGAGCCAUUAAAUAAGUAUGAGAGAUAAAGGGUAAGGGUAUAAUAA